AUGGACAGAGGACCCUGUUCCCCAUGGCAGACUCUGAAAGCACAGACAAAAGCACAAGUAAAGGAGGUGAAGGAAGGUCCUCCUGGCAAGGAGAAAGGAAAUGUGGGGAGUUGCUGUGAGAAAUGCUGUGGGUUUUGUUCCAAGUCAGGCCUAACUUGUCAGUAUAUGUUCCUCCCUGCACAGUCCUCCAAAGCCCAGAGGAAGCAAAUGUCCAACAGCAGCUUCUUCAUUGAGUUCCUCCUCCUGGGGUUUGCAGACAUGCGGGAGCUGCAGCUCUUGCACUUCUUGCUCUUCCUGGGCAUCUACCUGGCUGCCCUCCUGGGCAACGGCCUCAUCAUCACAGCCAUAGCCUGCGACCACCGCCUCCACACCCCCAUGUACUUCUUCCUCCUCAACCUCUCCCUCCUUGACCUUGGCUCCAUCUCCACCACUGUCCCCAAAUCCAUGGCCAAUUCCCUGUGGGACACCAGGAGCAUUUCUUACGCAGGAUGUGCUGUCCAAGACUUUUUCCUUGUCUUCUUUAUGUCAGCAGAGUAUUCUCUCCUCACAGUCAUGGCCUAUGACCGCUUUGUGGCCAUCUGCAGACCCCUGCACUAUGGGACCCACAUGGGCAGCAGAGCUUGUGUCCAAAUGGCAGCAGUUGCCUGGGGCAGUGGUUUUCUCAAUGCUGCCCUGAACACUGCUAACACAUUUUCUGUACCACUCUGCCAAGGCAAUGUUGUGGACCAGUUCUUCUGUGAGGUCCCCCAGAUCCUCAAGCUCUCCUGCUCAGACGCCUACCUCAGAGAAGUUGGGCUUAUUGUGACUGGUAUUUGUUUAGCUUUGGGGUGUUUCAUUUUCAUUGUGGUGUCCUACGUGCAGAUCUUUGCAUCUGUCCUGAGGAUCCCCUCUGAGCAGGGCCGGCACAAAGCCUUUUCCAUGUGCCUUCCGCACCUGGCCGUGGUCUCCCUGUUUCUCAGCACUGCAGUGUUUGCCUACCUGAAGCCCCCCUCUGUCUCCUCCCCAACCCUGGAUCUGGUGGUGGCUGUUCUGUACUCGGUGGUGCCUCCAGCAGUGAACCCCCUCAUCUACAGCAUGAGAAACAAGGAGCUCAAGGAGGCACUGAAAAAACUG